AUGCAAGCUCCAGUUGUAUUUAUGAACACCAGCCAAGAGAGAACCACUGGUCGUCAAGCUCAGGUUUCUAACAUUACUGCUGCUAAAGCCGUCUCUGAUGUGAUCCGUACCUGUUUGGGGCCAAAAGCCAUGCUGAAGAUGUUGCUGGACCCAAUGGGUGGUCUUGUGCUGACCAAUGACGGUCAUGCCAUUCUAAGAGAAAUCGAUGUGGCUCAUCCUGCUGCCAAAUCGAUGUUGGAAUUGUCUAGAACUCAGGACGAAGAAGUCGGGGAUGGGACCACUACUGUGAUCAUCCUUGCUGGUGAGAUCUUGACUCAAUGUGCACCAUAUUUGAUUGAAAAAAAUAUUCAUCCGGUGAUUAUUAUUCAAGCUUUGAAGAAAGCUCUUGUAGAUGCUUUGAAAGUUAUUAAGGAAGUCUCUAAGCCUGUUGAUGUUGAGAACGAUGAGGCAAUGAAGAAGUUGAUUAAAGCAUCAAUCGGUACCAAGUAUAUCAAUCUAUGGUCCGAAAAAAUGUGUGAAUUGGCUUUAAAAGCAGUUAAGACAGUUAGAAUGGAUAUUUCACAAAAUAUUAAUGUAACUGAUGAUGAUCCAAAAUUCGAUAUUGAUACAAAGAGAUAUGUUCGUGUAGAGAAAAUCCCAGGUGGGGAAGUAUUGGAUUCACGUGUUUUAGAUGGUGUGAUGUUAAAUAAGGACGUUGUUCAUCCAAAGAUGUCUCGUUCUCGUAGAGAUCCUCGUGUAGUGUUAUUGGAUUGUCCAUUAGAGUAUAAGAAAGGUGAAUCUCAAACAAAUAUCGAGAUCACUAAAGAGGAAGAUUGGAAUAGAAUCUUACAAAUUGAAGAAGAACAAGUACAAUUGAUGUGUGAACAAAUCCUAAGUGUUAAACCGGACGUUGUCAUCACCGAAAAGGGUGUCUCUGAUUUAGCUCAACAUUUCCUAUUGAAAGGUGGUUGUUCUGUAUUAAGAAGAGUGAAAAAAUCCGAUAAUAAUAGAAUUGCACGUGUUACUGGUGCCACCAUUGUAAAUCGUGUUGAGGAUUUGAAAGAAUCUGAUGUUGGUACUCAAUGUGGUAGAUUCGAAGUUGAAUUGAUUGGUGAUGAAUAUUUCACAUAUAUCGAUGAAUGUAAAGCUCCAAAGGCAUGUACUAUCGUAUUACGUGGUGCCUCCAAGGAUAUAUUGAAUGAAGUCGAACGUAAUCUACAGGACGCCAUGGCUGUGGCGCGUAAUGUCAUGCUAUCUCCAUCCUUAUCUCCAGGUGGUGGUGCCACCGAGAUGGCAGUUUCUGUUAAGUUAGCAGAGAAGGCUAAACAAUUGGAAGGUAUUCAACAAUGGCCAUACCAAGCCGUUGCUGAUGCCAUGGAAUGCAUCCCACGUACAUUGAUUCAAAACUCGGGAGCAAACCCAAUUAGAGUAUUGUCUCAAUUAAGAGCUAAACAUGCUCAAGGUAAUUUCACAACAGGUAUUGAUGGUAAUACUGGUAAAAUAGUGGAUAUGGUCGAAUAUGGUAUUUGGGAACCUGAAGUCAUUAAACAACAAAGUUGUAAGACCGCUAUUGAGAGUGCUUGUUUGUUAUUGAGAGUCGAUGAUAUCGUUAGUGGUAUCAGAAAACAGGAAGAAUAA